GCCCACCCUAUGCGUAACUCUCUCGACUAUACCACCCGGACGCUUUUCCGUCCCCGUUCAUUCCCUUCUCUCCCACCUCUUCAACGCCCUUUCCGACUUCAUCCGCUCCUCGUUCUCGUGACGAAGGCGAAGACGAGCAAUCGAAGAGAAGCAGAAGAAGGGAAAGGAGAUGGAAGGAAGCGGCAAUUGGACGAGGAGAGAAAUUGGAGGCGAUAAAGAUUUGUUUCACGUGAUCCACAAGGUUCCAUCUGGCGACACUCCUUACGUCCGCGCCAAGCACCUUCAGGUUGUCGAGAAGGAUCCAGGGGCUGCUAUUUUAUGGUUCUGGAAGGCAAUAAAUGCAAGGGAUAGAGUGGACAGUGCUUUGAAGGACAUGGUGGUGGUUAUGAAGCAACAAGAUCGAGCAGAGGAAGCAAUUGAAGCCAUCAGAUCUUUUAGGCACCUCUGCUCCAAGCAAGCACAAGAGUCCCUUGACAAUCUCCUUAUUGAUCUCUACAAGGUAAAAUGUGGAAGGAUAGAGGAACAAAUACAGCUUCUAAAGCAGAAGCUGCAUAUGAUAUAUCAUGGGGACGCUUUCAAUGGGAGGACAACGAAAACAGCACGUUCACAUGGAAAGAAGUUUCAAAUUUCCAUUAAACAAGAGACAGCCCGCAUCCUGGGCAAUCUAGGCUGGGCUUACCUGCUGCAGAACAACUAUGCUGCGUCUGAGGUGGUCUACCGCAAGGCUCAGAUGAUUGAACCAGAUGCCAACAAAGCAUGCAAUCUCGGGCUGUGCCUCAUCAGGCAAGGCAGAUCUAAGGAAGCACGCCACGUACUUGAGGAUGUCAUUCAGAGUAGGUUUCCGGGCUCUGAUGAUUGCAAGAUUAUAAACAAGGCCCAAGAGUUGAUUCGGGAGAUCCCCUUGCAGCCAGCCACACCAACAUCAACAUCAGCCUCAGAGACAAAUUUUGAUGUAGAAGAUGAAAUAUUGCAAAGAAUUGACUUGAUGCUGGAUCACUGGGCUCCCGCAAGGUCAAGGAGGUUACCCAUCUUUGAAGAGAUUUCCUCCUUUAGAGAUCAGAUAACUUGUUGAUCAAGUGUUGAUUUUGUUAUUCAAAAUUUUCCAAGCAUUUGUUGUCUGGUGUAUAGAAUAAUUAGACAAAAUAUAUCAAAGGAGUGAACCCCUUCGAUAAAGAUGUAAAGGUUGCAUUGUGGAAAUAAAACAAUUAAGGGUUUGUUUCAAAGUAGUAUUUUUGUUUCCCUGUAACAUUGCUCUAUUAUUGUAUUAUGACUUUGGCUUUUUAGAAAGUUUGUGGAGCAUUC